AUGCGGAACUGCUUCUCAUCGCGACGCCACUCCCUCUUGACUGCCACACUCGUGAUCCGCGCACAGCAGCUCAUCUCCGUGUUACCCUACCUAUCCGCUCCAGUUGAUACGGAAGGGCUGCUUUAUAGUCCCGUCCCACAGGCAAAGACCCCUUCAAGCUCUCUCACCUUCCUGCUCCCGUUCCCCUCAUCCCAUCCCCCUGCGCCCGUUCCUCUCUAA